AUGCGUUGGGGUGAAACUCUCACAUUACAGUUUGUUAAAAUUUAUCUGAAGCAAGAAUGCCUUUGGAAUCCAUUGCAUUCGUGUUAUAAAAAUAAGUCCGAAAGAGUGUCUGCGUAUCUUAAAAUAAUUUCCGAAUUUAAAGCUUCUGGGGGAGCAAGUCUAUCCAUACCGCAAGCAAAAAUAAAAAUAAAGAAUCUACGGACGACAUAUGCGCAAGAAAUGCGGAAAGUUUUGAAUAAGUCCAGUCCCGAUCAUAUUUACGAGCCAUCUCUAGUUUGGUUCCCGGAAAUGGACAAGUGCUUAAAAAAUGUUAUCAUACCGCGUUUUUUUCAACCUACUCAACAACAUUCAAAUGACUUGCAAGCAGACUCGUCUAGCCAAAUCUGGGUACUAACAGAAACACAAGAUGGUAACACUGUAAAAAACACCAGUAGCUUGAUUCCUCACAUUGAAUUUGAACAAGUGGAAGACAUUUUAGAACAGACAGACUCUAAACAUUAUAUCCCAAAGCCAAAUAGAAGAAUGAAAAGGAAAAAAUUAAAAGGUAAAUCAAUAUAUACAACUGUUUCGAAUUCAGAACGUGAAGAUGAAUUUGAUAUUUAUGGAAAAUUCAUUGCUUCUCAAUUAAGGCAGAUGGAUAUGCAUAGAGCUCUACAAUUGCAGCUUGAAAUACAAAGCCUUGUUAGUGAAGCUAGGAUGGCUGAUUUGUAGAAGUUUAGUAAAACAUUAGGUCUGAAAAACUUGCCUCACAUGUUAUUGUU